GAAAGCCUAAAGUGAUAAACGAAAAAAAACAAAAAAACAAAACAAACAAAUGUAUAUUUAAUAAAUAAUUGCAAUACAUACACUGUACAUACAAAUAGCACAGCGAGCGUUACUACGUGUGUAUGUAAAGUGUCAGGUAUUUCCGAUAAAGUUUACGUCUGCGCUAGCGAACACAGUUUUGUUUUGGUUUUUCCGUGCUAUUUUCCGGCUUGUUUUGCAAAACUCCAAAGGGAUAUUUAAUCUUUUCUGCCAUUAUUUUGUUUCCGGUGAACUUAUAAAAUAUAUAAAGUGUUGAUAAAAACCAUUUGCAUGAACAUAAUUAUAUUUUGUAAAGACACAAUUCACAUGCAUGUCGUUGAUGUAAUUUGCCCUCACUUCCGUAUCCGCCAAAUGGCUACUGAGCCUAUUAGUCUCAAUGAGUUGCAUCUAACAGUGUCGAAAAGAGUACCUUAGGGAAUUAUCUAACCUUUUGUUUCUAAGGCUUUUUUCGACCCGUUUUACCUCAUUCAAAAAACAAUAAUGACAUACACACAAAAAAUAAUAAAAUGUGUUUGCCCUAAGAAAAUUUAGUGGGAAGUCCACUGCAUACGGAAAAGCCGGAGUAAGCAGGUUAGCUGUUCAUUGGCUGGAUUUAAGUUUUAUCUUUUGACAGCAAUAAAGUUAACAUACUUUCCAAAUGAUAUAAGACUGGAUACGUAGGACGUCUUACUUAGUCUUAGUAUGUUUUCGUCUUUAGGAAACACUAAAGGAAUUUAAAAAUUCCUUUGCCAUAAUCGGUAAUUGAAUCAUGAUUAAAAUUUUGCAAUCCAUAGGAUAUACACACGGACAUGAAGACGAAAAAAUAGCCUUACCAUUUAAAAAAGAGCGAUUGUUUAUACAGUGCAGACUAUAUUGAUUUGUUUGACAGACUGAAGAAAUCAGACAUCCUUUGAGAGAAAACUUUUUUGCACAAUUUGACAAACAUAUUAAAUCGUAAUAAAAUGCUGGAAAACACAGCUAGCUCACCUAAAUAUGAUGUGUUUAUUGUGCAUAGUUCGGAGGACGCAGCAAAAGCUCGCAUUUUCAAUCAGGCACUUAACGACAUGGGGUUAGUUGCAUUUGACAAUAUAAAUGAAGGCCCAGCCUUCGUUAUAGGGAGACCAGUGUUUGACAAUAUCAUACAUGCUGUAAAGCAUUCAAAACUUGUUCUUAUUCUUAUUACAAAACAUGCCAUAAGCUCUCAUUGGGUGACUUUGGAAACUCUCGUUGCACUGGAAAAGUCGGAUCGCGAGAAUGUUCUGUGUGUCCGUCUAGUUUUUGAAGGAGUUUCUGAAAUGGAAAGGCAAAAUUUCAAGAGAGGAAUUUUGACUUCGAUACCAGAUAUCAUAGUGGACUUCAACAAAGACAAAUGGAAGGACGAGUUUGUCGCCAUAAUUAAAGAAAACAUACCAGUGCAGAAAUUACUACCAGCGGGAAAUGUCGCUCAUGGACUUGUGUUCAACUAUUUCAUAGGUUAUUUAGCCUACGUUCUUCCAGCAAUGUCAAAGACCGUUGAAAAGAUUGAAUAUUUCACACCUGAUAAAUUCUCCAAGAAGUUUUUCGUUGUUAUGCCUGAAUCUUGUGAAGUAAAACCACUAGAAGGAAAGUACAAAAACUUCCUUAUAGAAAAGAUGGAAGGUUCAUUAGAAAUGGAUGUCACACACGGUGACAAACAACGAAAAUAUACUCUGACCGUUUACAAAAUAACGAAAGAAAAUGAGUUCUACUAUUUUUGUGCGGAUUGUCCUUUCAUCAUUGCGACAAUGUUAAAAAUGAAGGAGAUGGGUUUUGCCGAUAUCGAUGUUCACUUCCAAGGUGUCAGGUUCUAUAUGACCCUAAAAGAACUUGUCGAACAUCGAAGCAACCCGGAUUACAAAGACACAACAAACUUUAUCAUGUUCGACGGUUCUGCACAAUCUUCAAGUCCAGCACUAGAAAUCUGGCAAUCAUUGAAGAAAGAGUUUUCUACGAACGAAGAUCAUGAGACAACUGUUGUUACCAGAAACGGUGUCGCCGUCGAAAGUUAUCCGAGCCUCACAGUGUCGGUAAUCAACUCUACUGAUGGUGAUAUUGUGGCGGAAGAGGUAAUUCAAUUUCUUACCAUGCACGGAAUGAAUUUCACAAGUGGUGGCGCUGCAAAGAAAUCGUCGGAUACUGAUGAUAUAUGUAUCAGAUGGAAGAUUUUUAUACUUACUGAUACUUCAACAAAAGACAAGGUUAUGGAACUCGAGUUUAAUGCAGCCCUAUCUGAGAGUAUCUCUAAAAAUCAAAUUCAGGUAAUCCCUAUACUUGUGAAGGGCGUAGACAUUGAAACUAUUCCUUAUGGAUUCAAAUGGACAACGGUUUUAAAGCAAGAGGAUCCCUUGUACCUGGAGAAGAUGUGGAAAACAUUACAUGAAGACAGACAUAUGGAGGAACUCCAACAUGCAGGAUCUUUGUUUGAGGGUCUAGCAUAUUCUUACAUGUUAAACUAUAUGUCUUUCAACCUCGUCGGUAAAACUGGUGAUGGCAGAGACUUCACAGAGAGAUUUGUAGAUGCAGUAAAAAAGUACAAAGUCAACUGCAAGAUUGUUCCGAAGGUUUAUGUUAUCGUACCCUCAUCCUGCGAGUUCCCUCCACCAGGGACGCAGUUCGAAAAAGAAGAACAUCUUGGGCCUGUGGAACCAAUAGUUCAGGGGUUCCGAAAAUACUUUCUGCAACUGUAUGUAUUGACUAUUUCAAGGCCUGGCAAAUGGAAGGAUGUAAAAGUCUGUUACGCCCGAGAAUAUGCCACACCUGCAAUUGCCCUGCGCGAUAUGACAAGGUUACCAUUUGCGGGACUUAGCGUGAAGGAUAUGAAGAAACAAGCAAAACAAUUUGCAGACUUUUCUAAUGAAAUAACGCAACACGAUAUCUUCAAUAGAGAAAUUGGAGAUGUAAAAGAUAAAUGUUCCAUUUUGUAUUUUGAAGAUGACAAACAUGGAAUGGCUGCAGUAACAGAAUUGUUGGAAGAACAAAUCAUACAGUGUCUGGAAAAGAGGCUCUUCGUCGAACCUCCUAACAUAGAGAGCACGUUUUAGCACAAAAAAGCUCCGAUAAUAUAUGAUAACUUAGAUGGUUGUGUUAAGCAGUUAAAGGAAGAAUGCAUGUUGCAUGUCCACGAAAUCGUUGAUUAUGACCUGUUGGCACAUGAUUUCAUGAAUUAGAAGUUAAUGAUUACAUCCGAGUCCUGUAAUUGUGAAUGACCCUAUUUAUGUGUUAUAUUUCAUAAAACCGGGUGUUUGGUGGUAGCUAGAUGCAUGGCAUAAAUCAGAGCUAAACUCGGCGGGAAAUAUGUAGUUCAACAGUAAAUUUUAAACAGUCCUUGAAACCCUUGGAAUUAAUAAUCAAUCAGGUUUGGGUUAUGACAAUCCAGACUCUUACAUAUUCAAAUGUUUCUAACCUCCAUAAUGUGCACUUGUUAAAAACCCAUGACCCCAAUGUGACCCAUGUUCCUCCAUGGGAAAAGCAGAGACUGUUAUAUUUGUACAAGAUCAGAUAUAGUUAAUGUUAUUCAAACAAUUGUUGAGUAACAUACACAGAAUAAUUUAAAUACCACAGAAUGCCGUGCCUGUUAGAAUUAUCAAAAUUAAGUUACAUCUAUCUCCUCAAUAAUGUUACAUUUGUAAAAUCAAUUCUUACAUAGCUUACAACACUGAGCUAAAGACAUGCACAUUAAAUUUUGAAAGAGAGCUAUUAGAUUUAUUCAGAACAAAGCUUAUCGUAAACAGUUCUGAACAAAGUUGGAAGGCCGUUCCACAGAAAAUUGUAUUUCAAAAAGCAAUCAUUUAUGUCUGAUUCCGUAAUUGAACAUAAGUUUGUCUUGUAGCUGUCUCGAGUCAUAUAUAAUUCGCAUUCGCCUUUAAAUGGUUAAUGUUCCUAUUCAUCUAUAUAUUCAAUGUAUUGUCGAAUGAGCGUCACUGUAUCGCUGCAAAUUUUUUUUUCCGCAUUUUCUGCCUCUUUAGUAUAACAUGCCUACAGUCGUCCUCAGUUGCUAUGAAAAUAUAUCUUACGCAACAAUUUGCACUGAUCCCAGCUUUAUCUUUUGUUGCUAUUAAAUUCUUCCAGCUUUUCUGACAUAAUCACAUAUAUGACCUGUUGUAAUAUUUGUACUAUUUCAAGUUUCUGCAUUUUUUAAAAAUAUUAGUUUGGUGUAACGGAGGUCAACAAACUAUUGUCUAUUUAAGAAACUAUAUGAGGCAAAAACUUGUUAAGGUUAUAUAUAAAUGGUUUAGUCUUUCUUUGUAAAAGUGUCUUCUUUAGAUAUACAUAGAUUGCUCAAAUGUAUUGAGAUAUGGUUGUAAAUUCAAAUGUUUAAACAAAAAUUUAAAUAGUUUAAAUGCAUUUCAAGCAAAAACAUUAAAGACCGUCUGCUUAUGUUAUAGUUUACGGAAUCUCCUAUUUAAUUAACACUUUUUUCCUGGCUUUAAUUACUAGAUCUAAUAUAUGCGAUUAUGCAGAAGCUCAUGGACAUGCUCGGUGACCAGUAUAAGAAAACAUCAAGAUGAUGAAACUAUUUUUUACUAAUAUAUAAACUCAGUUUUUCAAAGAAUUCGUGAGAAUAUUUUUUCUUCUAAACCAUGUUUAUAAGUAUUGAUACUGGAGUUAAUUCUGAUCAGGCUGAACUGUAACAAAAAUGUACAAUGUUAAUCUAAUGAGUAGAUACAUAAAUGAGCCGUGCCAUGAGAAUACCAACAUAGUGGGUGUGCGACCAGCAUGGAUCCAGACCAGCCUGCGCAUCCGCGCAGUCUGGUCAGGAUCCAUGCUGUUCGCUAACAGUUUCUCCAAUUCCAAUAGGCUUUAAAAGCGAACAGCAUGGACAUGGGGUAAUCGAUUAAAGUAAUCAUAAUGAUUAAUAACCGAUUAAUAUUUUUCAUUAAUCAUCAUUAUUCAUUAAUCAUACUUUUUUUCUGAUUAAUGAGCCCAGAGCGUUGAAGAAUAUCACAAAUGAGCCGCGCCGUGAGAAAACCAACAUGGUGGCUUUGCGACUAGCAUGGAUCCAGACCAGCCUGCGCAUCCGCGCAGUCUGGUCAGGAUCCAUGCUGUUCGCUAACAGUUUCUCCAAUUCCAAUAGGCUUUAAAAGCGAACAGCAUGGAGCCUGACCAGACUGCGCGGAUGCGCAGGCUGGUCUGGAUCCAUGCUGGUCGCAAACCCACUAUGUUGGUUUUCUCAUGGCACGGCUCAAAUGUAUCGCAAUUUACUUCGAUAUGCUGAAAGUGGUUUUUAUUACUUUAGACAGAUAGGUUACAAACAUGGUAUUUUAGACUGUACAAUUAAGAAAAUCUUAACAUACUAUAUAUCAUGAAGAAGAUUGGCUACAAACCUCUUUUUUUUUCAAACUUCAUUUUCAACAUGUUAAUUACUUGACUUGUCUGUAAAACAUGGAUUAUCUAUGGAAUUUCUCCGAUUUCAGCCUUCCUUCGGGAAUUUGGGAAUGGCAAGGACAUAAACUCUUGUAUAUAUUCAGAAAUUUUAUGUUUCAAGGAAAACAUAAUACAGAAUAAAAGGAUAUAAACGGACAAUUAGGAUGAGUAAUUUUAAUGUAUGAUAGGAUUUAUGGAACAGGGUGGACCAUGUAUCAGCCUGCAUUAGUCUCUGAACUAUUUCUAAUUGUACUGACAAAAGGUUUUUACUGCGGAAUACAUGUUAUAAGAUACCAACCGUCUUAGGUCAUUUCAAAUUUCAGAGCAUGAUGAUUUAGUGUGCCCCUAUGUUCUAUGCAAGAGUGUAAAAUAUGUUUCUGUUAUACACCUACUUGUACUGUGAAAAUAUUUAGUAAUUUUUAAUGUGUUUGUCUCGAGAGUGACGUCGCACUAAUUUAAAUCAUAUGUAGUUCAUGCCUUUUUUAUGAUGUGAACAUAUGUGACAUGAUUUUUUUUUUCGUUCACUGUUAAACUGUGAUUUUCUGCUUAUGGACGAGUUUAGUAGAUCUAUAUGAUUUGGAAAAUGUCCGUUUUACAUAGGACAACACUUUGCCUGUUGCAAACUAACGUUAUAGUUUGCGACAUUUUCUGCUAAUAAAGAAAUCUUGUAAAGUUCUUUUUUUUUUCCAUUCAGAAUAAUAAAUUGAUUCUGAAAUGGUAAACUUUUAUAAAUAAAAGAUAUUACUUCACACUUUAGGUCAGACGUAAAUGCAUGCAUAGGUGUAAUAAUAACUUAGCAUUUCUAUUGUUAAACAAAACAAAACAUUAUGAGUGUAUUACAUUAUUUUUGUUUAACUAAUUCUGCAUGUACAGUCCCAUCCACAUCCCUUGCAUGAUUUGAUUACACUGCAAGAAUAGUCCCAUCCACACCCCUCUCAUGAUUUUCUUACAUCCCAUCCACACCCCUCGCAUGAAUUGAUUACACGCACAGUCCCAUCCACAUCCCUCGUAUGAACGCUACACGGUUAAGUAAAAAAUUUACCGACCACCAUAUAUUUCUCUGAUCGUGAUUGGAAUAAAUGACAGUAAUAGCAUUGUUUUGGUAAUAAGGAAAAGCAUUUCAUGUUGUCUUGAAUAAUACUUGCAGUGAUUUGCUGUUUGCUUAAUAGGAAAGAACUUUCUUGACACCCUUUUUGUUUCCUUUGUACUGUGCAGCAUCCCAAGAAGUACGGACUUACUGGAGGUAACCUUUCGGGAUGAAAAUAGAUUUUGCAUGAAUAGCAACUGCUUGUUUGUUUUAUUCUAAGCAAAAGUGUUAAGUCAAGUUAAGUUAAGCUUUUUGUUAAAUAUUUAAAUGACUAUGUAUUAGAUUUCAUAAUGUGUUAUAUGUAUAUAUAAAACGUCAAUGGGACUUCAAUAAAGGUUUAAAAUUACCAAAAA